AUGUAUUCUUCAAGUGCUAGUUCUGCAUCUGUUGAUUCAAGUGAUAGUGUUGAGUUUCAAGUUGGUUCAUCUUCAGAGGAUGAAGAUCCUGCAAUGGAAGAAGCCACCCUAAGGCAGCUAAGAUGCCCCAUAUGUCAUUUUAUCAUGAAACCACCCAUUCUCAGAUGUACACUGAGUCACUGCUUCUGCUACGCAUGUUACGUUGCCAUAAAUCGAUGUUCUUUAUGCGCAUCUCCAAAAGUUUAUGUACGAAAUUUACCACUGGAAUCUAAGUACUACAAAGUAAGCUUGCCGUGCAAGUACGCAGAUAACGGGUGUACUUUUAAAGCCCGACAUAAGUACCUACGUCAUCAUCAGAAGAAAUGUACGUUUACCAUCAAGGGAUGUCCGUUUAACUUCACGUCACUCUGCAGCUGGGCAGGCACCGUUUAUGAACUCUUAGACCACUGUAUGGAUUUACAUCACUACACAUAUUCCACGAAAGCAGUAAACAGAUUAUGCUACCAACAUUUCGACACGUGCCAUCACAGUUACAGGAUGUACAUGAUUUUUGCUCAUAACUGCUACUUUAGAUUGACUUUAUUUGUUGACAUGAAAUGCGGAUGGCUAAAAUUCGCAUGCUACUACUUAGGCCAUCGCAAACACAAAACCAACUUUACGUACGAAAUGAAAUUUUUGAAGGAAAACACUGAGAACAAAGCUAUAGCUCUCAAACAAAAAUGCCGCUUUUUGAUAAACCAUGAUUUAGCCUUUGGACGUCGUACGCCGAUGAGUCUUCCCAUCAACGUACUCAAAGAAAUUUGUGAUAGCAUGGGCGAUCUGCAUUACGUGGUGACCAUUUUUAAUAACGAUGAUCCUGCAGUGCCUUCUACGAGUACUUCCAGUACUUCCAGUUAA